AACAGUUAGAAAAGGAUUUAAAGAAAAUUGGUAUAAAAAGUUUUGAUUAUAGUCAAUAUAAAGAUCAUGAAAUUAUCGGUAGAGGAGGAUGUGCAGUAGUAUAUUCAGCAUUUUUUAAUAAUGAAAAACAUGCAUUAAAGAGUCUAAACAAUAACCUAAGCUUUGAUGAAAAAUCAUUGAAAAGAGUUAAAAGAGAGAAUUUAUCAUCAGAAACAACCGUUGAAUUCAUCACAAAUAUCAUUCGUAAAGAUAAUCAUAAGAAUUCAACUUUAACAGACAAUCGUCAUGAAAAUCCACACGUAACUACUAGUUAG